AUGCGUGUUGAUAACCACGUUCAUAUACGUCAUAUUAUGCUCUACCACUUCGAGAAAGGUCAUACUGCCGCCGAGGCAUGGCGUGAUCUCAACGAACUCUUCGGCCAAGGAACAAUCGGUGAAAGACAGGUCCGAAGAUGGUUUGAAAGUUUUAAAUCCGGCAACACAAGCUUAGAAGAUGAAGAAGGAAGAGGUCGUUUGUCUAAUUUUGAUGAUCAAGCUCUUCUGCAAGCGGUGGAAGGGGAUGAAAGUUUGAUUACGCGAAUGUUGGCCGAGCAAUUCAAUUGCGACCAUUCAACCAUUGUUAGACGGCUUAGAGACUUAGGGAAAGUAUGGAAACUUGCUGGGUGGGUCCCUCAUGAACUCUCCGAUCAUAACAAGACCGAGCGAGUGCGCAUCUUCAACCAAUUGCUUCAGCGAAACGACCAAAAUCCAUUUCUUCAGUUCUUCGUCACCGGAGAUGAGUCAUGGUUACUCUUCAAAAACGUCAAGGAAAGAAGGUGUGCGUUAACCGUGGCCAAUCCUCGAAAGGUAUUCCACGAAAUUUGCACUGCAAGAAGGCCAUGUGGUGUGUAUGGUGGGACCGCUCAGGAAUUAUUCACUGGGAAAUCAUUACUCAAGUUCGCCAAGAAAGUUUUUGUUACUGCUCAACUCGAUCGUUUGGAAGCCGCUAUUAAAGUGAAACGACCUCGCAAAAAGAAUCACAUCGUGUUUCACCAUGACGAUGCCAAGCCCCACGUCGCACAUCAAGUAACCCAAUCAAUCGACGACAAAGGAUGGGAACUGCUUGAACAUCCACCAUAUUCUCCCACCGAAGCUCCUACAGAUUAUCACGUCAAUCGUUCACUUAAAAAUUGGCAGGCAGGCAAAAUUUACGAUGAUUUGGACGAUCUUGUCGAUGAUGUCAAAGCGUGGAUAGCAUCCAAAAAUCGUCACUUUUUUGCACGUGGAAUCGAUCUUUUACCAAGCAAGUGGGAAGCAGUUAUUGAAGUAGAUGGCGAUUAUGCUCCAGAAUGA